CCCAUAGAGAUCCCACAGCGAUCCCUCAGAAAUCCCACAGAGAUCCGACAGAAACCCCAUAGGAAUUCCAGCGGUCCCACAGCGAUCCCGGCAUGGGGAACAUCGCCUGCGUCCCGCAGGCUCCCGGCGGCUUCAGGAGCUCCUUCCGAAGGAAACCCUCGCUGAAGAAGGAACAAAAUGGCAAGAAAAAGCUGCCCAGCUUUUUUGGGAUGGAUGGAAGUGAGGAGAGGGACACGACCACGGACAAAAUCCUGCAGUACAUUCCAGCAAAGAUCAUCCAGAAGCAGGAAAACCAGAAGGAAAACUUGGAGCAGAGGUUCCCCAGCCUGUUCAAGAAGGGCCGAAGGAAAACAAUGGUCAGGAAUUUGGGCAAGAUGAUUUAUUACUCCAAGGUCAAGUUUAAGUUCCAGCACUGCCAGGAGGUCAACAGCUGCUUCCUGGAGCUCUUCCAGUCCUACCUGUACUUCCAGUCCACGGCUCCCAACGGCCUCACCUACCAGGGGCUGCUGCCUCUGAAGGAGCUGCAGGUGCGUGAGCUGGGGGCUGGGCAGGAGCUGGGGCAGCAGGACCACGCUUUCCACAUCUCAGGGCCCCUGCUGAACCCCCUGGUCGUGUUCUGCCCCUCGGAGGCUGAGCUCAGGCAGUGGCUGUACCACCUGGAGAAGCAGAUCCAGCUGUGUGGAGGGAGCCUGGCCCUGCCCCUGCUGUCCCAGGCUGGCCGUGGCCCCAGGGAGGGGCUGCUGUGGUCGGUGCAGAACCUGCCCGUGCAGGACUGGAGAGGGACCCAGCGCCAGUCCCUGGGGGAAAUCCUGUGUGUGUCCAGGGUGAGGCUGCAGCACCUGCCCUUCCAGGAGCAGCACGAGCGGCUGCUGCUGCUCUACCCCUCCACGCUGGUGAUCGUGUCCGAGGAGCCCCACGGCCUCUGCUUCAAGGGAGAGCUCCCACUCAACGCCAUCCAGGUGCUUUUCGAGGAGAACGACAAAACCUCGUUCCUGAUCGAAGGCCGGCUGAUAAAUUCCAUCCGAGUGACCUGUCCCAGCUACCGGGAUUACCAGGAGUGGCUCUACUGCCUGAAAACGGCGCAGUUCCGGAACGCCGACCCCUCCCUGUCGGGCUCCGAGAGCUUCUCGGGCUCCAGGCUGCCCCACCCCGGCCAGUUCACCAGCAGUGGGAGGGGAUCCCUGAGCUCGGACGGCCGGACCAACUCCUGGGCGUCCGGAGGCAGAGUGACCACGCUGACCCAGCUGUCCCAGGCCAGUGGCUCCCUGCCUGAUGGCCACUGCUUCCUGCCCCCCCCCGAGGAGCCCCUCUCCCCUGGCUACUCCCAGCCUCUGCAUAGCCUGGCUCAGCCCGGCUGGCCCAGCCUGGGGCAGGAGCUGCGCAGGGGGAGCAGCGCCAGGAGAGCCAAGGGCAGGAGCAGCAGCGGGCAGGAGCCCCCGAGGAGCCUGUGCAGCCUGAUCCCCGAAAACCCCACAGCUGAGAUCCCCUUCCUGCCACAGGAACACCUGAGCCGUGCUCUGCAUCCCCCAGGUGUCCCCUGUGCGCUGGCAGACGCGCCCUGUCCCUGCCGGGACUCCGUGGGCUCCUCCCACGACUACGCCGAGCUCCAGAGCUCCCAGAGCGACUUCAGCUACGACAACCUGUGGGAGGCCGAGGAGAGGGAGCUGGGGCCCCCCUGCAGCCCCCCGGGCCCUGCCCAGGACCAGCUCCAGGUGUUCCAGGUCUAGGGGCUGCUCCAGGCACGGAAAUCGCCGGGUUCUUCCUUCACUGGGAUCGGGGAUGCCGAGGGAAGAGCCCUGAGCUGCUCCAGACACAGAAAACCUGCUGGGAUUUUCCCUCCCUGGGAUCGGGGAUGCCGAGGGAAGAGCCCUGAGCUGCUCCAGGCACGGAAAUCGCCGGGUUCUUCCUUCACUGGGAUCGGGGAUGCCGAGGGAAGAGCCCUGAGCAGCUCCAGGUGCAGAAAUCGCCGGGUUCUUCCCUCCCUGGGAUCGGGAAUACCGAGGGAAGAGCCCUGAGCAGCUCCAGGCACAGAAAAGCUGCUGGGAUUUUCCCUCCCUGGGAUCAGGGAUGCCGAGGGAAGAGCCCUGAGCUGCUCCAGGGCUCCAGUUCCUGCCCAGACCCGGCUGUGGGGCAGAGCACGGCAGCUCCAGGCUCUGGGGGGCUGCAGGAACAGCUCAGGGGGAGCUGUGCCCCCCGAAAAUGGAGCAGCAAAAAGGGCCAGGCUCCCUCAGCUGGGAGGGACUCGGUGCCCAAAGCCAAAAUCCUGCCCGGAUUUGUGGGAUUUGUGGGAUUCCUUCACAGCAGAGCCCUCAGCUGGUGCCUCUGAGGAUCCCCCCAGAGAGCUCUGGAGGCUGCAGGGGGGCUCUGGGCCGUCCUGGCCCGGCACACGAGGCUGGCAGGGACGUUUGUGCUGCCAGGAUUGUCCUCCUGGAAAACCAGAGGCUCCAGAACAGUCAUUCUGCAACACCAGAGGCUCCCAGGAUUGUCCUGUGAACCCAGGAUUGUCCUUCUGCUGCCAGGAUUGUCCUCCAGAAACACCAGAGGCUCCAGAAUAGUCAUUCUGCAACACCAGAGGCUCCCAGGAUUGUUAUGCAAGACCAGAAUUGUCCUUCUGCAACACCAGGGACUCCCAGGAUUGUCCUCCAGCAACACCAGAGUCUCCCAGAACAGUCAUUCUGCAAGCCCAGAGGCUCCCAGAAUUGUCCUCCUGUAAAAUCAGAGGCUCCCAGAAUUGUCCUGCAAGACCAGAAUUGUCCUUCUGCAAAACCAGGGACUCUCAGGAUUGUCCUCCUGCUCAACCAGAGGCUCCCAGAAUUGUCCUCCUGUUCUCAGGAUUGUCCUGCAAGACCAGGAUUGUCCUCCAGCAACACCAGAGACUCCCAGGAUUGUCUCAUGGAAAACCAGAGACUCCCAGGAUUGUCCUGCAAGACCAGAA